AUGCGGAAAAUUAUCGAACCCCACAUGAGUCGCUUUUUCUUCAGUCAAGGCUGCAAAAUCGCUCAGUGCCUGAUGUCCUGUACUCGGACCAAGUACAACAUGAUGUGCGAGGGCACCGCGGGCUCGCUGCUUCUGGAGAUGCUCACACUUCCGCUUUCCCCAAGCGAAUCGAGUUCAACCUCAUUUCUCUCCGCCACUCAUCUGACUUCUUUCUUGGGUGGACUUCUUCCACACACGUGCGCAUUUCUGACGGCUCGCGAGGGUAAACGCGAAAGUUUUCGGAUCGAUCCCGAUCUCGACAAAGAAAUCAAGCGGAUGUACUCGGACAAAAACAGGAGUAACAGUGUAACGUUGCCGAGCUCCCUCUCUCAGCCUAUUGAGGUCGAGAAUCCAUUUCUGCAAUUGUCGAACGUCUUCCAUCAAGCUUCACCUUUUGACAACCCUGAGGCCAACGAGCAGCUGCUUGAGAAUGGAGCGCUCUUCCGCAACGACGAUCAUCCCGAAGAAUCAUCCGGCAGCAUUGAUGUUCCCUCAAGCCGAAGUGCAGCGGAUGAAGAAUACAGUGCGACAUCUCCCACAACGUCGUCACCAAGUAUGGCCGAGCAAGAAAUCUUUUUCGAUAUGGACAAAUCAAAACCCUCAUAUGGACACCAAGUGGAAGCUGGAACGAAGUAUACAGUCCACGUCACGAGGCAGCCUGAUAUCGAAGAUAUCGCUCAAGGUGAAGCUCUUCAGGAGGAGAGCUCGUCUGCUUUGUUCGAGGAGGGAUCGCUUACCACUGAAGAAUGGUCUGGAAGUGGAGAACCUGAUUCGUUAGAAUUCGAAUACUAA